AUGAAAUUGUUGAAGAAAAUUCUUAGGCCUGGAAUGGUCUUGUUGGCAGUUGCAGUUGUGUGUUCGAUGGCUUCUCUCAUCUUUGUUGUAUUAACUGGAGUAUUUUUUGGAAUUUCUGUCAAUUCCGAUGCAGAAAGUUAUUCCGUACCAACGAAUUGUACAGUCAUUUCACCUCUGGUACAAUGUGAACAGUCUUAUGGAAAAAGGAAAACGAAAUAUUGUUCAGCAAUUGUUUGCCUUAAUAAUGUCAUCAAGAAUUCCACGUCAACUGUCAACACAUUGCAUUCACUCAACACUCCACAAUCAACCAUGAUCAACCAACAAAAAUCUUGUCCUCAAUCUAACACUCGAACAACCUUUCGCUUUGAAGAUUCCACAAUAUUUUACACUUAUUCAGAAGGAUUUGAAACUACUUGUUUUGUAAAUCCAAAAGAUCGACUUUGGGUCUCUUAUGAAAUUUACACACCAGCUUCUUCGCAUUGGAAAAUUAUUGGAAUUAUUAGUGCUAUUGGAAGUAUUAUUUGCGGAGUGUGUGCAAUCAUAAUGUUUUAUCGAUUUUACCAAGAUCGAAAAACCUUAAUGGCAUCAUCGGAAGAAUUUGCACAUUCGGAUGAGAGGAGACGAAGAGUUGACGAACAAUACUAUGCAGAGGAUGAAUUGCAAGAGGAAUAG